CCCGAGCGGCUCGGUCUACGGAGAGACAAGUCACCGCUCAGUGCUUGUCCGCCGGGGGCCCAGAGCCCGUGUAUUUACAUGAGCGCGCUCACCGAGGCCGAGGCCGAUCGGGCCCUCUUCUAUUACAGCUCUUACCUCAUGGCUCUCGGGCAUCAGGCCGGGCUGCGCCAGCGCGCGUGCCUGACUGCGGCGCUGAUCUUUCGCCGCUUCUACAGCUCGCGCAGCUUGGAGGCUCACGACCCUCUCCUGCUGGCGCCGACCGCUCUGCUGGUCGGGUCAAAGGUGGAGGAGUGCCAGGCGGCCGCUUCUGCGUUAGAACGCGCCAUGCCGAAGCUGAGGAAGGACCUCGGCGACGAGACCAAUCCGUACAGCGCUCAGGACAUGGAGGCGUGCGAGCAGGUCCUCUUCGAGGCGGUGAUGUUUGAACCCGAGGCGCCCGUGUCGUGCGACCCGCACGCUGCGAUCGCGCGCCACCUCGCGCUCGCCAUGGGCGAGGGCGACGGCGCUGCCGGUGGCAGCUGCGAGGGCAGCGCAAACGUCGAGCUCACCGCGACAGCGUGCUACCUUGCCAACGACAUCUGCAAGACGGCAUUGCCGCUCAGCGUCGCCGACGACGCCAUUGGGCUGGCGUGCGUCGCGCUUGCCUGUCGAAUGCUCCGUCGGCCGCUGCCGCCGCCGCUCGAGUGCCCCGGCGCCCUUCUCGAGCAGGUGGCGGGCGCGUUCACGCAGGUGUACCGUGCGGUGGCGGACGAGUCUGGGCUGCAGUUCGGGAAGUCGUGCCUCGGUCUGCACCAGCGAGUCGGCGCCAGCCACCGGGCCGCGCGGACGCGCGCGCGCCCUGCUGGCCAGCGCGCGAGGGCGCGAUGAUGUCAGUUUUGUCGGCUGGCUGGCUGGCCAUUCCAGGUGGGUGAAUUGUUUGGUCGCGUCCGUGCGGGUGGGCCGGGCGCGUGGGCUGCCGCCACACGCGCACGAACGGUGCAUGUGCUGGCCGUGGCGCGCUGUCGUCUCAAGUUUCCCGUGCCGGAGUGCACCGUUUCUACACAGAAGUGUACAUUGCA